CACAAAGACAACAGAUGCAAGCUGCAUUUAUGACUUUUUUUUCAAGAAUUCAUCUUGUUAGUCGUGUGGGUAUUUGGAAUAGUCAUAAUAAUCAUAAUACUUGUCGUAUCAAGAGAAGCCUUUCAUUUUCAUACGGUCACGUGCGACUGUACAGACCAACAUUAGCUUGAAAGCUUGGUACCAAAGUGUGAAAGUUACGUGCUGUGGCGUCUGCGGGUACACGUGACCAUCGGAGGGGCGUGGUCUUCGUGUGGCCUUCAAGAGCUCCUCGCUCAAUCAAUUACGCGUCAUGUUCCAAUAUCUGUCCACGAGCUCUUGCUAAGCAUGCGCCGUGUGUACAUGUAGCCCGUGGAACCCAGUGGGACUCGUCCAAAGCCUACGGGAGUGUGAGCCUUACGUGAUGUCAGUGAAGUGAACACUGCAGUGCGGAGCGGAGCGGCGCUCGUCACUUUUCACGAAAGUUUGAAAGUUGGAAGACUUUUCCAAGUACUUUGUUCAAGUCCAAUGUUCCCGCAGAAGGAAAAGGUGCAGACUUCGAAUCCGCUGCAAAACGCGGGACUUUUUUCUCAGCUUUUCUUGUGCUGGCUCCGCCCCCUGCUGCACCUCGGACAUAAGCGAAGGUUGGAGGAAAGCGACUUGUACGCCCUUCUCCCCCAAGAUGGAGCCCACUUACUGGGACAAGACCUGCAGAGGUUUUGGGAUGUGGAGGUAAAAAAGGCCACCAAGGAGCUCCGCCAGCCCAAACUCAGCAAAGUCCUGAUCAGGUGCUACGGGAAGUCCUACGCGGCAGCUGGACUCUUUGCAUUAUCACUGGAAGCAGUUAAAGUCAUCCAGCCGCUUCUUCUGGGGCAAAUCCUCGUCUUCUUUGAGAACUACGAUCCGGAUGACCGUGGUGGCGUUCACGUGGCGUACGUCUGCGCCGCUGGCAUGUGCCUCUCCACCUUUGCUCUCACGCUCCUCCAGCACGUCUACUACUAUUUAGUGCAAAGAACCGGCAUGAAGAUGAGAGUGGCCGUGUGCCACGUCAUCUACUGCAAGGCUCUUCGCCUCAGCAGCCAAGCCAUGGGACACACCACCACGGGACAAAUCGUGAACCUCCUUUCCAACGACAUCAACCGCUUUGAUGAGAUUACACUCAAUCUCCACUACCUGUGGGUUGCACCGCUACAAGCAGCUGUGAUCAUCACGUUCCUUUGGUAUGAGAUCGGACCGUCAUGUCUGGCCGGCGUGGCCGUCCUGGCCUUGUUGAUUCCCGUGCAGACGUGGUUCGGGAAGCUUUUUGGGAUCUUCAGGAGUAAAACGGCGGUUCUGACUGACCGUCGUAUCCGCAUCAUGAAUGAAGUGGUGUCUGGCAUCAGGGUCAUCAAGAUGUAUGCUUGGGAAAAGCCUUUCUCUGCUCUCGUCACAGAGUCCAGGAGGAAGGAAAUCAGCCAGGUCAUGAAGAGCUCCUACUUGCGAGGACUCAACAUGGCGUCCUUCUUCGCCAGCAGUAAGAUCGUGGUGUUUGCCACCUUCGCCGUGUACGCGGUGCUGGGCAACAGCAUCAGCGCCAGCCGAGUGUUUGUCACCGUGUCCCUGUACGGAACCAUCAAGCUCACGGUGACGCUCUUCUUCCCGCUGGCCGUGGAAAAAGUGUCAGAGACCAUAGUCAGCAUUCGCAGGAUCAAGAAUUUCCUCCUGCUGGAUGAAAUGAAGAAAAGAACAUUGAGAGUGGAAGAAAAGAAGGCCAACUGCAUCGAGAUGAAGAGUCUGACCUGCUACUGGGACAAGGUUCUGGACGCCCCGUCUCUGCAGGACAUUACUCUCACAGUGAAGUCACACCAGCUCCUAGCUAUCAUUGGUCCAGUGGGGGCCGGAAAGUCAUCCCUAUUGAGCGCCAUCCUGGGUGAGCUGCCCCAUGAGAGUGGAAUGAUGAUGGUCAGAGGUCAAGUCAACUAUGCAUCCCAGCAGCCGUGGGUAUUCCCAGGAACCAUCCGCAGUAACAUCCUUUUUGGUCGAGGGCUGGAUCGGCAGAAAUAUGAACGGGUCCUGCGGGCCUGCGCUCUGAAGAAGGACUUGGAGCUGUUCCCGGAUGGAGACCUGACCCUAAUUGGGGACAAGGGAGGCACCCUCAGUGGGGGGCAGAAGGCUCGCAUCAACCUGGCCAGGGCAGUGUAUGAAGAAGCAGACAUCUACCUCUUAGAUGAUCCUCUGAGUGCUGUGGAUGCUGAGGUUGGGAAGUAUCUGUUUGAGGCGUGCAUUUGUGGCCUGCUGAAGAACAAGUGCCGCAUCCUGGUCACGCACCAACUUCAGCAUCUGAGGGCAGCUGACCAUAUCGUGGUGGUCAAGGAGGGUCACAUGAUGGCCCAGGGUACGUACAGCGAGUUGCAGAGCGCCGGCCUCGAUGUGGGCUUCCUGAUGAAGAGCCAGGAGGAACAGGAGCAGCAGUGCUGGAACGCAAACUGCGACGCCGUGUCGCUCGCCAGCCGCAGGACCGAUCACUCCAACGCUUCGCGCUACUCGCACAGCUCUCUCCUGCCACCCGAGGGCGCCGGCCAUGAACAGCUUCCUGCCGAAAGCGUGCACGCCACACCGGAGGAGGCUCGUGCAGAAGGAAACGUCAGCACUGACAUUUAUGUCAAGUAUUUCACGGCCCACUGCCACCCUGUGGCCUUAGUGGCUAUCGUGCUGCUCAGCGUUAUUGCUGAGGUUGCAUAUAUUCUGCAGGACUGGUGGUUGGUGUUCUGGGCUAGCAAGGAGGUGGUUGCCAACAGCACGGCUGUGAGUGAUGAACGAGGCAUCAACGGCACCGCCCCCCACGGCAGGGCCCAUCUUGCGUUUUACCUGGGUGUUUAUUUAGGGUUGACCGCCGCUGCUGUGCUUCUGGGCUAUGCCAGGAGUUUGGUGAUCUUUCACGGGCUGGUGAGGUCCACUCAGAUGCUGCACAAUCGCAUGUUCAACGCUGUCCUCCGCACGCCGGUCUCCUUCUUUGACCUCAACCCCAUAGGAAGGAUCCUCAACCGCUUCUCCAAGGACAUCAGCCAGAUGGACUCCCUGCUGCCCCUCACCUUUGUGGAUUUCUACCAGCUCUUUUGGCAGAAUGUGGGUGUGCUGGCGGUGGCGGCCUCCAUCAUCCCUCACCUCCUCAUCUGCAUAGCUCCCCUGCUCUUCAUCUUCCUCUACCUGCGUCGUUUCUACCUGUCCACGUCUCGAGAUAUCAAACGUCUGGAGUCCACGGCGAGGAGUCCAGUCUUGUCCCAUCUUUCGUGCUCCCUCCAGGGCCUGUGGAGCAUCCGAGCCUUUGGAGCAGAGGAGAGGUUGACCAAAGCCUUCGACUCCCACCAGGACCGUCACUCAGAGGCCUGGUUCCUCUUCCUGAUGACCUCCCGCUGGUUUGCGCUGCGUCUGGACAGCAUUUGCUCCGUCUUUAUCGCCGUGGCAACGCUGGGCUGCAUCUUCCUGCGAGAUGGCUUGGAGGCGGGCCAGGUGGGCCUGGUGCUGACGUACGCCGUGACGCUUGUGGGCAACUUCCAGUGGACUGUGAGGCAAAGUGCCGAGUUAGAGAAUAUGAUGACAUCAGUAGAGAGGGUGGUGGAGUACACUGAGUUAAAGAGCGAAGCCCCCUGGGAAACCCCCAAGCGUCCUCCUCCAGAUUGGCCCAGUCGGGGCCAGGUGACCUUGGAGCGGGUGUAUUUGUCAUACGGCCCCGACGGCCCGCCCAUCCUGAAGGAUAUCAGCGCCACCUUCUGCCCCGAGGAGAAGGUGGGCGUGGUGGGUCGCACGGGCGCUGGGAAAAGCUCUCUGGUGGCCGCUCUGUUUCGCCUGGUGGAGCCGCAAGGGAACAUCUACAUCGAUGGCGUGCAGACCUCCGAGCUAGGCCUGCACCAGCUGCGACAGAAGAUGUCCAUCAUACCUCAGGACCCAGUGCUGUUUAGCGAUUCUGUGAGGAAGAACCUGGACCCGUUCCAGCAACAUACGGAUGCCGAUCUGUGGAAAGCUCUGGAGCUGGUCCAGCUGAAGAGCACGGUGGAGGAUCUUCCUGCAAAGUUAGACACGGUUCUGGCAGAGUGCGGCUCCAACUUCAGUGUGGGCCAGAGGCAGCUGGUGUGUCUGGCCAGAGCCAUCCUGACCAAGAACCGCAUCCUGGUCAUUGACGAGGCCACGGCCAACGUGGACCCCAGGACGGACCAGCUGAUCCAACAAACCAUCCGGCAGGAGUUCCGACAUUGCACCGUGUUCACCAUCGCUCACCGACUCAACACCAUCAUCGACAGCGACCGCAUCCUGGUGCUGGACGAGGGUCGGAUCCAAGAGUUGGGUCAUCCUUUGGAGCUCCUCCAGAAGAAGGACGGUGCCCUGCACAGGCUGGUUCAGCAGUUGGGUCCCACGGAGGCCGAGGCCUUGCUGGAGGCAGCCAAACAGGCCGCCAAGACCACCUGAUGGACACGCCUGCCUGACGGAAGGAACGAUCCUUGGAAUCUGCCAAAGAGCGGCGCUAACUUAGUCACCUUUGGUGACAGCUCGUCUUCACACUCAGGACUUUUGGAGGUCAGUGUUAUUUCUGACUUUCUUCUAAGCAUACCACAAACCUUUGUACUCCACGUGGCUGAAGAUUCAAGAUUGAAGAGUUUUAUUGUCAUAUGCAUAGUAAAACAUCAGUUAUACUAUGCAAUGAAAUUCUUAUUCUGUUCAUUCUCCCAAGAAAAGAAAGAAAACACAAGAAAGAAUAAGAACAUAAGAAACAUAAAUACCAAUAAAUUAAGCAACAACAACAGAAGAGACAUUAAUACAAAUAAAUAAUACAAACAAAUAAAUAAAUAAAUAAAGUGCUAUGAGUGUGUGCGUGUGUUGCGUGCGGCGUGUGUGAGUGCUUUGUUGAGAAGCCUGAUGGCCUGUGGGUAAAAGCUGUUUGCCAGCCUUGUGGUCCUGGACUUCAAACUCCUGUAGCGUCUGCCUGAUGGUAGGAGUGUGAAUAAUGAGUGUUGUGGAUGUGUGCUGUCCUUGAUGAGGUUGUGUGUUCUUCGUAGGACUCUAGUUUUAUAAAUGUCUUGCGUGAGGGGAGGGCUGCCCCAACAAUGUUCUGUGAGGUCUUGAUCACCCGCUGGAGUGCCUUCCUAUCACGUGUUGUACAGUUACCGUACCAAACAGUAAUGGAGGCUGAAAGGAUCAUCAUCAUAACUACUAGCUCUCAUGGUUCACAAGUGGCAGCUCCAUUCCAUUACUCUGACCACUAGAUGGCAGUAAUGUUAUUCUAAUGUUGGCUGACACACACAAGCGCCACUGUGUACUAUACUGGGUAAUGGUGACUAUAGGGGUGUUAUUUCAUGUCUAGAGGGCUCUAAUGAUGGUAAAAAUCAUAUUUAGAAGGUGGUAAACAGGUUUAUAAUGCCUAAUAUGUUCUAUUUUCUCUUAUUAUGUCUACUAUAUUGGGUAAUAGGAGUGCAAAAGUGACUCUAGGGGUGUCAUUUCGUGUUUAGAGGGCUCUAAUAAUGAUAAAACAUAAUAUUUGGAAGUUGGUAAACAGGUUUAUUAUGCCUAAUAUGUUUCUAUUUUCUCUUAUUAUGUCUACUAUAUUGGGUAAUAGGACUGCAAAAGUGACUCUAGGGGUGUCAUUUCGUGUUUAGAGGGCUCUAAUAAUGAUCAAAAUAAUAUUUAGAAGGUGGUAAACAGGUUUAUUAUGCCUAAUAUGUCUUAUUUUGUCUUAUUAUGUCUACUAUAUUGGGUAAUAGGAGUGUGAAGGUGACUAUAGGGGUGUGAUGUCACGUCUAGAGGGCUCUAAUGGUGUUUAAAAGUGUAUUUGGAAGGUGUAUUUGGAAUAUAUCAAAUAUUCCAUUUGUACAGUAAAUAAGGACUCCGACGUGGCAGGGAUUUACUUAUCACGAUCGGGUGUGGAAGCAAUGAAGUGCCAUAAAGGAGGCAUCACUGUAUGUGACCUGUGGUUGGCUGCUUGUUUGCAUGUGACACAUUCUCCCACGCUACUGCCUAAGAACCUGACAAGGGGGUCCACAUUUCAAGUUGAGGUGCACUGAGUCAAACCUUGUGCCAAAUCCUAAAAAACACGUCAUAACUAUACAACGUCAAGUUGGUAGAGCAGGGGUGUCCCAUAUACUGCCCACGGUUGUGGCACUUUCUCAAAAUAUCAUUUAACAAGAAAACUAAAAGAUCAACAACAACACAAAUGGAAAAAUCAGCAGUCAUUUUCCAAAAAUAAAGUCCAAAUAUGUUGCAACAUAAUGAGAAUAAAAGGUGAUAAUUUCUCAAGAUAAAAGUAAUAUCAUGAGGGGAAAAUGGCAUUUUGUGAGCAUAAAGUUGAAACAUAAUAGAAAAAAGACCUUAUUUAAAAAAAUGAAUUCAUAAAAUGAUGAGAAUGAGAUCAUAUUUGGAAAGUUAGGUUGGGGAAAAGCUUGUACUGGUACAGGAAUAAAUGUUAUAAUAUUAUGGAAGUAAAGUGAUAAUAUUAUGGGAAUAAAGUCACAAUAUGAUGGGAAUAAAGUGUAAAUAUUAUGGGAAAAAAGUCAUAAUAUUAUGGGAGUAAAGUCAUAAUAUUAUGUGAAUAAAGUCAUAAUAUUAUGGGAGUAAAGUCAUAAUAUUAUGGGAAUAAAGUCAUAAUAUUAUGGGAAUAAAGUCAUAAUAUUAUGUGAAUAAAGUCAUAAUAUUAUGGGAGUAAAGUCAUAAUAUUAUGGGAGUAAAGUCAUAAUAUUAUGGGAAUAAAGUGAUAAUAUUAUGGGAAUAAAGUCAUAAUAUUAUGGGAAUUAAGUGUAAAUAUUAUGGGAAUAAAGUGAUAAUAUUAUGGGAAUAAAGUGUAAAUAUUAUGGGAAUAAAAUCAUAAUAUUAUGGGAAUAAAGUCAUAAUAUUAUGUGAAUAAAGUCAUAAUAUUAUGGGAGUAAAGUCAUAAUAUUAUGGGAGUAAAGUGAUAAUAUUAUGGGAAUAAAGUGAUAAUAUUAUGGGAAUAAAGUCAUAAUAUUAUGGGAAUUAAGUGUAAAUAUUAUGGGAAUAAAGUGAUAAUAUUAUGGGAAUAAAGUGUAAAUAUUAUGGGAAUAAAAUCAUAAUAUUAUGGGAGUAAAGUCAUAAUAUUAUGGGAAUAAAGUCAUAAUAUUAUGGGAAUAAAGUGUAAAUAUUAUGGGAGUAAAGUCAUAAUAUUAUGGGAGUAAAGUGAUAAUAUUAUGAGAAUAAAGUGAUAAUAUUAUGGGAAUAAAGUGAUAAUAUUAUGGGAAUAAAGUGUAAAUAUUAUGGGAAUAAAAUCAUAAUAUUAUGGGAGUAAAGUCAUAAUAUUAUGGGAAUAAAGUCAUAAUAUUAUGGGAAUAAAGUGUAAAUAUUAUGGGAGUAAAGUCAUAAUAUUAUGGGAGUAAAGUGAUAAUAUUAUGAGAAUAAAGUGAUAAUAUUAUGGGAGUAAAAUGAUAAUAUUAUGGGAGUAAAGUGAUAAUAUUAUGGGAAUAAAGUCAUAAUAUUAUGGGAGUAAAGUCAUAAUAUUAUGGGAGUAAAGUGAUAAUAUUAUGUGAAUAAAGUCAUAAUAUUAUGGGAGUAAAGUCAUAAUAUUAUGGGAGUAAAGUGAUAAUAUUAUGGGAAUAAAGUGAUAAUAUUAUGGGAAUAAAGUCAUAAUAUUAUGGGAAUUAAGUGUAAAUAUUAUGGGAAUAAAGUCAUAAUAUUAUGGGAAUAAAGUGUAAAUAUUAUGGGAAUAAAAUCAUAAUAUUAUGGGAGUAAAGUCAUAAUAUUAUGGGAAUAAAGUCAUAAUAUUAUGGGAAUAAAGUGUAAAUAUUAUGGGAGUAAAGUCAUAAUAUUAUGGGAGUAAAGUGAUAAUAUUAUGAGAAUAAAGUGAUAAUAUUAUGGGAGUAAAAUGAUAAUAUUAUGGGAAUAAAGUCAUAAUAUUAUGGGAGUAAAGUGAUAAUAUUAUGGGAGUAAAGUGAUAAUAUUAUGGGAAUAAAGUCAUAAUAUUAUGGGAGUAAAGUGAUAAUAUUAUGGGAGUAAAGUGAUAAUAUUAUGGGAAUAAAGUCAUAAUAUUAUGGGAAUAAAGUGAUAAUAUUAUGGGAAUAAAGUCAUAAUAUUAUGGGAAUAAAGUGAUAAUAUUAUGGGAGUAAAGUGAUAAUAUUAUGGGAGUAAAGUGAUAAUAUUAUGGGAAUAAAGUCAUAAUAUUAUGGGAAUAAAGUGAUAAUAUUAUGGGAGUAAAGUCAUAAUAUUAUGGGAAUACUGUAAAGCCACAAUCAUAAUCAUUACAAGAAGUAAGUUAAAAUAUUGGGAAAAUUCUAUUGAAAAAAAACAAUAACAGCAGACAUUUUACGAGAAUGAAGUCCAAAUAUUAAGAGAAAAAAGUUGCAUUCCAACGAGGAAAAUUUUUUUUAUGAGAAUAAAUUUGUAAUAUUGUGAUGAAAAAUGUGUCAUUUCAGUAGUAGAGUUGACAUAUUAAGGAAAAAAGAUGUUAAUACUACAGAAAUCAGUAGUUUUUCUUGAAUAAAUGCUAUUAAAUGACUCAUGAUAUUACACAUUUGUUAAAUUGCUUAAUUGCGUACAAAUGACUUCAUUAACUAAUUUUAUUCUUGUAAAAAAAAUUGUUUUAAUUAUAGGGUUUUUUUGUCAGAGUACAACUUUUUUCCCUUUAAUAUUUGGACUUCAUUGUUGCAAAAUGAGCCAUUUCUGCUGUUUUUUUCCAAAUAUUUCAACUUUCUUUUGAUUACGAGUUUAUCCUCCAAAAAUUGUAACUUUUUUCACUUACCGGUAAUACUGUACUUUUAAUUUUUUUCUCUUCUUUUUUUAAUUUUCCAAACAUUUCAAGCCUCUUUUUGUGAAUGAUCUUGUAAUGCGAGGCCUUCAUUCCCAUAAUAUUUUGACUUUAUUGUCGUAAUAUUAUAACUCUUGCACAACCUAAUUUUCCAAAAAUGACUUUGUGUUUUGUUUGAAUGCUACUAAAACGGCAUUAUUUUUCCUCAUAUUAUUCUCGUAAACUGAUGACUCUGUCUUAUUAGAUGACAACUUUUUUCUUCAUAUUUGGACUAGAUUCUUGUAAAAUGAUGUUUAUGUUUUUGCUGUUGUUGUUGUGAUUGUUCAUUUUUUAGUUUUCUUGUUUUUAGAAGGCAAAUGGCCCCCCACUAGUGACUAUCCAUAGCAUAGAGGGCGGUGGUGAAUAUGUGUGCAGGUUAGUAUUUUGGGAUAUAUACAGAGACAAAAACUUUGUCAUCUACGUCAUCUACUGUAGCCGAAAAACCACAUGAUUCACAUCAACUUCACUCUUUACUCUUUUUUCUUUCACCAAUGUUUUUUUUUUUUUUUCAUAGCCAUGAAUAGUUUUAUAGUCCAGUGCCUUUGCUUAAAGCUACACAUGUACACUGGAGUGGCAUCUUAUUGUUUGAUUUUAAGUCCACUGUCGUUUGUGUUAAGAAAUAAAGUCAUAAAAACUCCCUAAAUACGUCUGGAAAUUGCAUACAUACAUUACAUUUAUAAAUAAUACAUUACAGCAUAAUCAUAAUACCUCACCCUAAUAUUAAUAAUCAUACAAAUAGAAAAUAAAUCAUACAUUUGAUAAUAAUAAUAGAGUGAAAAUUCACAUAUAAUACAGUAUUGUAUACAGUCAUUGAAAGAGGGACGUUUACUGAGUGUCUUAUUAGCAUUUCUUAGCAUUAGCAUUUAUUGUAGCACUUAAUAGUAUAUUGUGCUAGCUUUUUUUCUAUGAGUUCAUUGAAGAAGUAUAGUAAUGAGAGUUGAAUUGUAAUAUGUGACACCCUAUUAAAGCAUUACAAUUGUUACGUGGAUUUAAAAUGAGGUCUCAUGGCCCAGAAAUAAGCUUUUGGAAAUGAGCUAGCUUACAUGCUGACGCGCUGCCAUUUUGGGAACACACCAUGGCUUCUAUGGGUUAAUGCUAAAAGCUAGCUAGUUUCUCUUGCUUGUUUUCUAUUAAUCAUCCAUCCAUCCAUCCAUUUUAUAUACCGCUUCUCCUCUUUAGGGUCGCGGGGGCAUGCUGGAGCCUAUCCCAGCUGACUUCGGGCGACAGGCGGGGUACACAUAUAGUAGGAAGAGUUAAAUUGUAAUAUUUGAUGCCAUGUUAAGGUAUUACAAUUGUUAUAUGGAUUUAAAAUGAGCUCUUAAGAGUAAAAAAAAAUAAUCUUUUGGAAAUGAGCUACAGUAGCUUACCUGCUGACAUGCUGCCAUUUUGGGGACACACCAUGGCUUGUUAUGGGUUAAUGCUAAAAGCUAGCUAGUUUCUGUAGCUUCUUAUUAGUCAAUUGACAAAAUAUAAUAAGAAGAAGUGAAUUGAAAUAUUUGUCACCCUA